AAGAAAGCCAUUACCUAGACGCCCGCCCGACAACGCUUACCCUGGCGCUGCGCCCACGAGCAAGCAACGAAGAUAUCAUGACGUCUGCAGCGGUCGGCGCAGCGUCGCCAAGCUUGGUGGCUUCUCCCGGCAUCUCGGUCGAGUUCCAUGGGGACCCUGAGGCUGCGCAAGCCCAGACAUAUCCCCAAUGUGCAGAGCUUUCCCAGCCCCAUGAGGCAUCACCGAAGAACUCCCUCGGCUCAUCGCGAGAUCAAAGAAACUCUGAAUGCGCGGUCCGAGUACACCAGCGAGGACGGCGAGGGCCGCUCACACCAACGUAUCAACCAAUAUGAGAUCAAGGACGAAAUCGGCCGCGGCUCGUAUGGCGCCGUUCAUCUGGCCACUGACCAGUUCGGGAACGAAUACGCUGUCAAGGCAUUCUCCAAGGCGCGCCUCAGGAAGCGUGCCCAGUCAAACAUUCUCCGCCACGGCCCCAGAGGCCUGGGACCCUUCCCGCGAGCGGGCUUCGGCGCCCCCGACAUCCCCAUUUCCGGUUUCUCUGACCAGCGGGCCCAGGAGGCCAAGGAUGCCCUGUACCUGAUCCGCGAGGAGGUUGCCAUCAUGAAGAAGCUGAACCAUCCGAAUCUUGUGCAGCUGAUCGAAGUCCUGGACGAUCCCGAGCAGGACACGCUGUUCAUGGUUCUGGAAAUGUGCAAGAAGGGCGUUGUCAUGCAUGUCGGCCUCGGCGAGUCCGCGACUCCCUAUCCGGAGGAAACCUGCCGCUACUGGUUCCGCGAUCUCAUUCUCGGGAUCGAGUAUCUGCACUCGCAAGGAGUCGUCCACCGCGACAUCAAGCCGGAUAACCUCCUGCUCACUGAAGACGACGUCCUGAAGAUCGUCGACUUUGGUGUAUCUGAGAUGUUUGAGAAGUCUGAGGACAUGAAGACGUCCAAGUCGGCAGGAUCGCCAGCGUUCCUCCCCCCGGAGCUCUGCGUCGCCAGACACGGCGUCGUCUCCGGCAAGGCAGCCGACAUCUGGUCCAUGGGCGUGUCCUUGUACUGUCUCCGCUAUGGAAGGAUACCGUUCGAGCGAGAGGCUCUGCUAGACAUGUUCGAGGCAAUCCGGACGGAAACCCCUCAGUUGCCCCCUGACGAAAACCCGGAUUUCGUCGACCUGAUGGGGAGACUGCUUGAGAAGGACCCGGAGCACAGGAUCAAAAUGGAGGAGCUCAGGGAACACCCAUGGGUGACCAAGGGCGGAACGGAUCCGUUGCUUAGCGCCGAAGAGAACUGCUCGGACGUUGUCGAACCGCCAAACCCGCUCGAGCUGAACCACGCCUUCACCAGACGAAUGAGCCACCUAGUAUGCGUGAUGAAAGCAAUCUCCAAGUUCAAAAGCCUCCUAAAGCCCCGGCCAACAACCGCCCAAGGCAGUCUGCGCUCCCCGGGUAUCUCCUCCCCGCCGGCUUCUCCCGCACCGGAGGCCAGAGCACUCGCCGCGCAAUCCACGGCUGAAUUCGCCGCCCGCGUCCUGCGCGAGCGGCAGGCGUUUCUCUCCGCGGGCGGCAGAGCAAGUUUCGACCUGCUCCUCGAACCUCAGGCGCCCAACCCCUCAACCGACGCCACCCUCACCGCCGACACCAGCCGGGGAGCGGAAGUAGCGGCAGCCCAUGACCAACAACCCCACCCCCUCCUCCUAGGUAUCGGAACAGGCGGCAUCGACGACUUUUCCGGCGCGCUUCACUCCGAUGCCGCAGACAUCGUGUCGGACUCGCCGACCGCCGUCGACUUUGAUGUCUACGAGAGGGCCUUCGACGCCGAGCUGGAGAGGAUCAGGCGCAGCUCUAGCCGACGGGGGGCUGGUAGCGGGCCAGGGGGCCGUGGUCGGGGAAGCGGAGCGGGAACGGGGCAGGUGUAUCAGACGCGGCUCAGGGAGCGGGACAGUGAUGCUGGGCAUGCGCGCUGAAUCUGAGGGAUGAGAAUGUGAAGGAGGAGGCGGUUGCCGGGUGGGUUGGGAACAGGCCGGUCGGGAUGAGCAUGCCAAGGAGCCCUGCUGGUAGCGGUGAUAAUUCUUCGUGGAGCCAGGAGAGAGCGGUGGGGAAGGGGUUUGCUGAUGUGGCGGCGCGGGCUAUGGGAGGCUCCUGAGAGGGUGAGUGUUGAGAGUGAGGGCUUCGGGCCA